GGACAAUUUGAGAGGAGGCGUACUAGUGGAUGUUCAAAGAUUGCAAGCAACAAGGGGUGGGGGUUAGGUUAGAUAGCCCAUCUUCUGUUACACUUCAAGGACCAGGUACUGCCAAAUAAAGUAACCAUAGGAUAUGAGUUAUUAUGUGAGGGCUUAUGUACCAAAGCCUUUAAGAUGUUAUAACUGCCAGAGGUUUGGGCGUGUGGCAACAGCUUGUAAAGAGAGAAAUUGGUGUGGAGGGGAGCAUGAGUAUGGGAAGUGUGGGGAUGGUGUACAACCGAAGUGCUGCACCUUUGGGGGUGCUCAUAGUGUGACAUAUAGUGGGUGUGAGGCUAUGGAGCAGGCAGUGGAGGUGCAACAAGUAAGAGAGGAGUGUCAUAUGCUGAGGUAGUGAGGGUGGUCCAGGGAGAUACAGGUUCAAGGGAGAGAUGUGUAGGAGCAUCUAGACCAGGGAUUACGGGGCAGGUGGGAGGCGAUUAUGGUAUACAUAGAAAAGAGAAAGCUGGUGACGUUCAUAGCAGGAGCUAUCAAUAGCACUGCUGAUGAAGUAGAGUCUAAAACAGAGGAUUCAGCUAAUAGUUAAAGCUGCGGGGAGACAUCUGAGUAUGACAGGGUUGACAUGGGAAGAGGUUUGAGACGACCUCAAUCAGCUGAGGCUGGAGUCAUGUAUUACUGGAUCUUAGUUAUGGUGGUAGUACUACAAUGGAAUGCUCGAAGCCUGUUGGCUCAUGGGCAGGAGUACAAGCAGUUCAUUGUAGAUAUGCCAGCUUAGCCUGAUGUGAUUUAUUUGUGUGCAGGGAACAUGGCUCAAACCGAAUGUGGAGUUUAUCAUACAGGGAUAUGUAGUGGUUUGUAGGGACAGAGAUCUAGGGGGAGGGGGAUGUGUCACCUUCAUAAAGAAAGUACUUUCCAACAGGAUGCUAGGCAGAGGUAUUGAACAGGAAUAUGUGGUUGAGAGGAGGGGUGAUAGUGGUAGUGAACUACUAGUAAGUCAGAUAUUGGACCUGGAAGUGCUGGAGAGCGUUGAGGGCCAGGAUAGAAGUAUGGUAAUGUGGUAUGGGGAUUUUAAUGCCCAUGACACGCUCUGGGUGAGAAACGGAUGGAUGGAAAUGGCCAAGUGAUGAAAGAUCUGGUGUGCCUGAAUGAUGGCAGAGGGACCCAGAUUGAUUUAGCCACAGGGAAGGAGUCUGCCUUGGACCUCACUCUGGUAUCUAGUGCGAUGGCAGGAAUCUGUAAAUGGAAUGAGUCAACAGUAGGGAGUGAUCAUUAUCCCAUAGCAUGCACAGUAGCCUGGAGGGAGGAGAUGUCAGUGGAUGGAGUAGGCAGGUGGGUGUUUGGAAGGGCAAAGUGGGAUCAGUUUCAGGAGCUGAGUGAGCAGGUGAUGUCUUAGGUGGAUAUGAGAGUGGAUGUGGAUAGUAUGAAUAACUGGGUGAGAACAGCGUUAGUUGGGGCAGCUAAUGAGUCUAUACCUAAGAGUUCAGGGAGGAGGAGGAAAGCAGUCCUAUGGUGGACGGGCAAUGUUUAGUAGUAGGAACAGGGCAUUUAGAAUACUGAAAAGGAUGCAUAACAAAUUUUUAUUUUAUUUAACUAGGCAAGUCACUUAAGAACAAAUUCUUAUUUACAAUGAUGACCUACCCUGGCCAAACCCAGACGACGCUGGGCUAAUUGUGCAGCGCCCUAUGGGACUCCCAAUCACAGCCAGAUGUGAUGCAGCCUGGAUUCGAAUCGGGGACUGUAGUGAUGACUCUUGCACUGAGAUGCAGUGCCUUAGACCACUACGCCACUCGGGAGCCCAGUCUGAUUCAGUAUAAGCAGGCCCAGACCCUGGUGAGGAGAACUAUCCGUCAGGCAAAGAGAUCAUGUUGGCGUCGGUUCUGUGACACCAUUGGAAGGGCGACACCUGUGGGAGAAGUGUGGUGGAUGAUUAAGAGGAUGAGUGGGGUCAGAAGGGAGUGAGAUGAUCCAGUGUUAAUGAGUGGAGAGGAUUUGACAGUAACAUGAGAAGGCAGAGAUGAUGACCAAAGCGUUUGUCAGAGGGGCAGAAGGGGGAGAGAGAACAAGAGAGGAGCACCCCGGUAUGCUGGAUAGUAAGGGAGGAUGUAAAUGAUGCAUUGAAUGCACCAUUUACCAUGGAAGAGAUGAAAAGGGCAAUGGGUACAGCCGGAUAUCGGGAGGCCGUUAUUUGCAGAUGAUGGGGCCUUAUGGAAGACGGGAAGAAAUUUGCCAUACAUAGCCAGGAAGCAAUUGAUGAGGAAAAUACGCAGCAAAUUAGGCGAUGGUGGUGCCUAGUUCUCCUGCAGAACGUUCCCAUGCCGUCUGAAGAAGAGAGGUUGAAAGAUCAAAAAAGGUGGCAAAAACAAAGCACACUACAGGAUGAUGCAUGUCACAUCAGUAUACAACUCUGCAGGAUCAGACGAUACUGAAAACAAAAUGCACGUCGAACUGGGAGUUGUAAACUGGGAAGCAGAUGUUCUUCAAAUUGACACCCUAGAGGCAGCAAGGUGGUGCGAACGACAAAACAUUUAAAGGCACCGUUUCCCUCCCAGGUGUAAUUGGGAUGGACGGGGAAGACCGCAUUACAACCCUUAAAGAACUAUGGUUGUAUGAUGGCCUGGAUGAAGAGGAACAUAUUAUCCUCUAGGAACCGUUCAUGUUCCAGCUACAGAGAGAUGAGAUGUUCUAUGUGGAGGCAGUUGAUGUUCUAUGUGGAGGCAGUUGACAACAAGAAAAUGACUGUCUGCCUCUUUUGAGGAGCAGGAGUGAAGCCAUUUUUGAGGAGUGGUCAAACUGUGUUUUUGUCUGCUGUGUUAAUUGUUUCAAUUGUUAAUUGUGUUGUUUAGUAAAGAUGACGUAGAAGUCACCCGAGUCUCUGUACUGGAGCUGGUAUAACUUCAUGUACAAAGCACAUUCAGCUUGUCUGUAUGGUAUAUUCUGUCACCAUUCUCAUGUGGAAAGUAAAUAGCAGUAUAAAUCAGGAUGGGUAGUAUUUCAACAGUACAUGACAAGUCUGUUGUUCCCUGCAACAAUAUCAGUAGCUGGCCUCAAAUAUAGCAUGAAGCAAAAAGCGUUACAACACAUAUGUUGGUACCACUUUAUAUAAUAUUUCUUAUGGUCUUCAAAAAUGAAAUACGUUUGUAUUCAACGUGUGCCUUGCACAAACGUGUGUGUUUGUAUUCAGUGUGGGACUGUCAAAACUCAGACGGACCAACAAAAAAGUGGGCGGGGUCAAACGUCGAGCCCGGCCCCGAACUGCACACUGCAGUCAGGGAUACUUGGCGCAGACUAACAUUCCAACGGGUCAGCACCUGACGUCAUACUCUUGGUAACAAAGUGUGUUGUGGUUGCCGAGUUCUUUAAUAGUGCAAUCACAAAGUUUCAUUGCAAAUAUGCCAAAAAAGAAUGGAAAGAAAAGCGGAGAUAAAUCAACCAAAAAAGAGAUCAUUGGAUUUGGAGACAAAACGUGUUUUGACGACGCAUUGUCUGAAGGUGGAAAAGAUUUCUACCGGUCGCAGAUACGAGACUUGGAGGAACAAUUGGAAAAAUAUCAGCACAAAUGUGAUGAGUUGGAGGUGCAACAGAAGGACUUCUCCUCUCAGUAUUUCACUGUUGAGAAGGAGAAGAAAGACAUUGUGCUCUACCUGAAGCGCUCGCUGGCCCAGAAGGAGGAUGAGCUCUCAGACUUGUUGGAGAGACUGGUGGGACUGCAGCAGGCCAAGGAUGCUGAGAAGGACUCCUUUGAGCUGCAGCUCAGUCAACUUCGCCAAGAGUUCCAGGAGAACAAGGACAAGCUCACCUCAGAGAACAUGGUCCUUGCGGGUAAGCUAGCAGCUCUCGAGGAGUUCCGUGUGCAAAAGGAGGAGCUGAUGGCCCACUUGGAAGGCCUGGAGGAGCAGCUUGGGAAGCAGAGACAGGAGCACCACACAGUCAUCUACAGCCUGGAGAGGAAGGCUGUGCUGGACAAUGACAGACUAAAGAAGGAGAUGCAGCAGCACGUGGCAGCGGUGGCAGCCGAGUUUCGGCGCGUGUCGGACAGGAAGAUGCCAGAGACGACCAUGAGGGCCAUCCACGAGAAUGUGUCUGUGACGGCCCAGCUUAGUCAGCUGUCAGACAAGAGCAAGCAGCUGCUGGAGGAGAACGAGGAUCUGAGGGAUAAAGAGAAGCAUAUCCGCAGAGAGAUGGAGGUCCUGGAGCCCUUGUUCAACAAGAUGACCCGUAAGAGCCUCAGCAACCAGAAGGUGAUCCAUCAGCUCACAGAGAAGUGUAAGCAGAUGCAGGCUGAGCUGGAGGAGUAUGCUAGGGCUCAAGAGGAGCAUCAACAACUGCAGAAGGAUCAUGUUGUACUGCUGGCAGAGAUGCAUGCCCUAAGGCAGGUGCAGGCCUCUCUGUUGGAGGAGACAGGGAGGAACUGUGCCGAGGCAAACAGGCUGGGGAGAGCGCUGGAGGAGGAGAGGGACGUGAGAGGACAACUGGAGACCAUCCUACAGGCGGCUGCAUUUGCCCUGAAACAGGCCCUCAUGGAGGUGCCUAAAGAGGAGGACUCUGAGGUGAAGACUCUGGUCCGGAGGAACCAAAUGAUGCAGAAGCUGUUGGCUGUGUUGGACAGUGCUGCUCUGUUGGGGAAAGGGCCUGCCAUGAAGGACUUCAUCCCAGAGGGAGACUCCCUCCACGAGCUCAAGACCGGCCCUGGCCCAGGAAGAUCAUCAGGGCUUCUUGGUCCUCUUCUCAAGGACACCACCCAGCUGUCUCACUUCAAGACAGGAGACCUGGGCCUCGUACCGCGACGGACACACAACUACAACAACAUCCUGUCCAAGAUGGGACCCCUCUCCAAGAGCACCCGCCUUCAACUGCACAGGAAAGUCUCACCACCACAGAAGAGGACCAGCCCAUCCAAACCCUCUGGUCCAGCUCCUCCACUCCGGGACCCUCCCAGAGGGAGCCUGCUUUCCCCCCACAGGCCCACUCCAACCAGGGGCAGCGCCGCUGAACCCAUCCUCAGAUAGGCAGGACUGGGACUGGGAUUUAAACCCCUUUUAAUGGGACAUUUCAACAAAAAAUAAAUGUUGCUACAUGGUUGUGCUCACUUUUUGGAAUGACAUGACUAAUUCUGUUUCUUUUCCAGCCACUAGGUGGCAGGAGCAACUCUUAGAAUAUGUUGUACUGAAGCAGACAGACCAGACACUAUAAUUUUAUCUAGAAAUCUAAUAAAGGCUCUGUUAUUUUGUGUUAUGAUUUAGGUCAAAUUUAUUUGGAGACUAAAACCAAACAAUAAACAUUAGAAAUGUAUACUCAAAAUAAUAAAGGUGAUACUGUAACAAAGCAAAUUGUCCAUCUACUAAAUCCAGUAUGUAGUUCAUGAAGUAAUAAACAGAGGAAAAUAUUUUUAAAAUGCUGAUCUUUAUACGGCUGAUUUUACAAGGUUCAAUGGUUGUUAUGAGGACAGAAUGUGGGCUGUUGUACUGUACAUAUUUUACAUUAAGUGAAGUCUGGUGUUUGACAUUGUCUAAGUCUCUAUAAUACAAAUAAACAAAGUCUAUGAGGACAUCUGGUUUAUCAAAUUAAAAUGGGCCCAUCACUGCAUUACCAUGUAUGUAAGCUUGUUAAUUUAUUAGGGUUACAUUUUCACUUGUUCAGACGAAUAAAAGCUGUCAUUGCACACCAUG